UUUUAUGAAUAUAAAAACAAAGAUGUCUGCGCCCAUGAGAACGUAGUGGGUAACGCAAAAAGCAAAACUUGUCAAAAGUUAAUUAUAAAUGGCUGAUUCUUAUUCUUACGUAAAAGGAGGGAAACUUAACUUAAAAGGGCAUAAAAUUAAACAUAAGAAAAGCAAGAAAAGAAAGCAUGAAGGUGAUGUGCCACAGAAGGAAAAAACAACAGACAAUGAAGAUGUUAAGAGACAUGGUGGAUGGUGGAUAAUUGAAAAAAUAGAUGACUUCUGUGGUAAUGUUGCCAUAGAGAUUGGUGUUAUGACAUAUAUCAAUGCCCUUGAUAAUGGCUUGCUCCAACUUGGCCAGAUGCAUGACACAGGAGAGGGGCCCGAGCCGACCGAGAUCUUCACAGUGAUAAAAAUCAAUGAUACGAAGCUGGCAUUUAAAUCUGGGUACGGCAAAUAUCUGAGUGUGAAAUCCGAUGGACUUGUCGUUGGACGGUCAGAUGCUGUGGGAAGUCAAGAACAGUUUGAACCAGUCUUUCAAGAUGGGAAAAUGGCAUUAAAUGGAUGCAAUGGGGCUUUUGUAUCAGCUGAAGAGGAUGGUCAAAUCAUAUGUAGAAAUCGCACAGCAGGUGUAGAAGAAAUGAUCAAGAUUAGAUCUUGUGCCAAUACAGAAGAAGACCCAUUAGCCAAAAUUCCAACUGAGGAGAGAGGUUCUCUGAAGCAAGCUGAAAUAAACUAUGUCAAAAAGUUCCAGAGUUUUGAGGACCGGAGGUUGAAAAUCUCCAAGGAAGACAAGACCGUUUUGAAGACAGCGAAGAUGGAUGGAUCCCUACACGAGACGUUACUCGACAGGAGACAAAAGAUGAAAGCCGAUAGGUACUGCAAAUGAAACUUUAAAGACAACUAUACUCCAGCAAAAAACAUUUAGCAUUACUGCACCUGCACUCAGAAAAGAAGGAUUUAUUAAUUUACAUAAAAUAAAUUUGAACUAUCAUUUAGAUACAUAAAAUCCAGUGAUACAGUUCACAGUUCAAGGUGUGAAUGGUACAGAAUGCAUUCUUUUAGUGGAUUCUAAAGUGUAGACGUUAGAAAUGAUAUUCCAAAAUGGUUUUGCUGGAGUAUAAUGAAAGUAGCACAAUUUCUGUGGGCAGUGCACUGAAUACAGAACCUGCACGUGGUUGAAGAUCCAUAAAGAAAUUACAUGGUUGUUAUCCUUCACAUUGUGAUUACAGACCUAUGGAAGACGUGCAAAGGUGGUGGUGAAAAAUGUCUACAUGUACGUAGUAUAUUUCUUAAAGCACAAAGGUGCAAGAAGUUUUCAUGUUGUGAAUGAACUAGCUGAGAACUGUGUUCAUGUUUGAUUUAUGUAUUGAAAAGAUUUUAGUUUGGUAAUACAGACCCAUUGGCUUACCCAGUAUGAUCUUUAAAACAAAACCAGUUCCUUGGCUUUCAAGUUUUGCAAGGGUGGAUAUUCAGACUUGGGCAUUAGGUGGGAGGGGGAUCUAUAGAGCCACAUAGAAAAAACCCUGUUUGCAUUGGACUAGUUUGUCAUGUAAAUAAACCUUGAUAAAUGACAUGUGCUCUGUUAGAUUCAGAUCAAAGAAAGGAUUGCAUAAAUUGACCUUGUAACACUGCCUUCCUUCCAAUAAAUGAAUAUUUACACAAACUUUUUUUAAUGGGAUGAGAUUCGUUGAAUUAGAAUAGGGAUAACUAUUUUCAGACAUUAAUGCUUGUUUUAUAGUUGCAAACAUCUGUUUUACCAUCUUCCCUUUGUGUCACCGGUAAAACUGUGCAUCAGUAAAACCAACAUCAAUGUCCGUAAAUGGUCAAAUACACCAGCCUCGGUGGUGCAGUGGUUAAGCCAUCGGACUACAAGCUGGUAGGUACUGGGUUCGCAGUACCAGUACCAGCUCCAACCCAGGGGCCAUGUUCCCGAAGCUGUCAGUCGUUAUGCCUUAGCGACGUCGUAAAAGUACAAUAACGACACCAUAACGAUACAUUGAGCGACAGUUAGUCGAACGUGCAGUUAUAGUAUCGUUAUACUGUCGUAACAUGGGAAAUCCCUGUGUCGUUUGGUACAGAGGUGUGAAAUAGAUACCAAUCGCAUCUCAGAAAUUAAAUUUUAUAUGACCUAUUAUAUUAUAUUCCGUUUUUAUCGUACUUCUAGGCUGCUUUUAGUGGCUAGGUUAAGCAUGAUAAAAGUCAUAUUGCGUACUAUAUUAUGUAAAUGUACAUGUUUACAGAACAUAACAUAUAUAUUUACUUCAGUAGAUACUUCGUUAAAACUGCACAUAAACUGUAUGUCGCAGUGUAGUGUGUACCAUAACGUGCAUGUACGCCACCGUCCCUUAAAUCUAACUGAAGCAUAGGUCUACAUAUUUAGCAAACGACAGAAAUGUGUGACAAAAGUGUGAUUCCUGUACAAGGCGUGCUUUCUAAUAGGCCUAGGUGUUGUUCGUAUUUGUGUAUUCACAUUAUCUGUACAAGGCUGACACAUUAAGCAUGGAAAGUGAUGGUGAUCGUAAAAGAAGACCAAAAUUCACCUCAAAUGAAUUAGAGGCCUUGGCUGGGAGUGAUUCUUAAACAGCUUUGUCUAUUGUAAUCUUGAUUCGUUAUCACAAUGUACAUGCUACUUGUAUUUAUGAUAACUAAUUAGCGGACACUAUGCACUGAACGUUGAUAGCAUGGUAUCCUUUGUGGCUGAAAUACAAAUGUUCGUCGCGUGAAGGGCCUUGCAUUGGGAUGAGAGUUCCAUCUAAGGCCCCAAGAACGUUGGGAAAAUUUGCCAAUUUAAAGAAAUCUUCUUUUGUGUUUCCAUUUCAGCAUCCGUGUAAGGGAAUUUUACAUGUACGUUCUACAAUUUGUUGACAAUAGACUUUGAAACUGCGUGUAUGCACCUAGAAACUGAGUACCGGUUAAUACCAUGUAUAUCAUCUGUUACUGCCUGAAAACCUCAUAAUAAUAAUAACGCAGGGCUGCUAUAAUAUGUAUCGAUACCAGUAGCAUACCACUUCUGCGUGUCCGUCUCUCGAGAUCCACUUGCAUUGUAUUGCAUAGAUAAAAUAUUCCUCUCCUAUCCAUUCUAUAUCUGUCUUGUAAUUCAAUGUCUUCUUCUAUUAGGGCCAUUCCGUAGAAUUACAACCAUCAUAGUUGUUAUUUUGUAGGAUGUCGAAUGUUGACACCGAAUCAACAAUAUUCUGUGGGUUUUUCAUGCUCAUCCACGACAAACAUUUUACUUUACGACACUCUAACAGCAGGGUAGGAGCUGUUGUUAAUAUAACGAUAUCACUAGUAACUGACACCCUCCACGACACUUUCUGGCACGUCAACGGUUCCUCCACGACGUCGUUAUGUACAACGAUAGCUUCGAGAACAUGGCCCCAGAGCGAGUUCUUAAAGGCUCAAUUGGUAGAUGUAAGGCCACUAAACACCAACCAACCAACAACUCACUGUCCUGGACAGACAUCCAGGUGAUGAAAUGAAAUACAACACAGUUAUCCUCUAAUUAGUGACGAACAUUAUGAUGUAAAAUGCAGUUUGAACUACAUCAUUAGGAUGACCAGAGACAUGUUGGAUAUAUAGAUACUAAAUUGUUUUGAGGUUUUUGUUUCACACCACUAGUAUACUGAUUAAUCAUCGGCUAUUUGAUGUCGGUCAUUUGGUAAUUCUGACAACUAUUUUCUAUUCUGUAAAAUAAAUAAAUAUAACAACA